AGUGUAUUUUUUCAAUGUAUCUGCUAUAACUUGAUAAUCUAUAAUUAUAGAAAUUGAUAUAAAGAUGACCAGGUGGGUUAGAGAGUCAUUACGUGCGACGUUUGUUCUUUGCAUAAUACCCAUGAUUUUUUCGAAUGAAGAACAUUAUGUCUAUUAUACAAUUGAUGGGAAUAGAAGACCAUGUGUAGCAUUUUUAAAUUGUGAACCAGGCCAUGAAAUACAGCCCUGUGCUGAAGAAUUCACAAAAGAUAUAUGUACUUCGUGUGCAAAUGGUUUGGUUCAACCUGAUUUGAUAUCGUCAUCACCAAAGGGAAAUCAGAACGAAACAAAAUGCUUUGCACCAGUCAAGAAAUGUGAUGGAAACGAGAUAAAGUAUAGUAGAAGCAAAAAGAUUUCAUUUUGCGAUCAGUUGAUAGGCUGUGAAUGUGAUACAACUAAAUGUUACCAUGGUGAUCCCUGCCUCUGCGACGACAAACAAACAGGGUGUGAAGAAGGAAAAUACCUGAACAAAACCGGAGGAUGUGAAGAUUGUCCAGAGGGAUCAGAAAAAACUGGAAAAGGUUGUGGACCAUGCAGAAGAACCAAGUAUAAACCUGACAGAGAUUCAAAUGGUGUACCGGAAGUAAAGAUUUCGACAAAAAGAACUGCAACACAGGCUGUAAAACUUAGUUUGUCUCUGUCUACCUCAUCACAAUCACCUACAAUUUCAGUUCAUCAUCGACGAAAACAUAUUGACGAAUCGGACAAUACAACAAGGAUAAUAAUCGUGGCUGUUCUCAGUGUAGCUGUGGUGACUUUAUUCAUAGUCGUUGUGUGUAUAUGGAGAACAAGAGAACAUUUCACGUGCAGGUUUAAUAUUUGUUUAAGUCAAAGUCACCGUGAUCCUAGAGUCCCAUCACAGGAAGACAUUCCUCUAAAUCAAGCCGAAAAUGGAGACGCUAAAGAAGUUGUAGAUAAUAAAACAACAGAGGGUGGAAAACCAACAGCCACCCCAACUGACAACGACAAUGCAGAAAUAUAUCGGGAUCAGUCAACAUCCAACCAGUGCAAAUUUGGAAAAGACAAUUUAAACACAUGUGCAAAUGACAAGUGUCAUACAAAUAAUUCUGUAUCUAGAUCUUCAAAUUUACCUUAUGUGGAUAGUGGGACUUGUAAAUAUACUACUAUUCACAAUGAAUGUAAUAUUGAUCAAGUGAGUUUUAUGACAGAAGACAUAUCAAGCGCAAUAGAAACUUACCCAUUUACAUUGAAACACCAUAGCAGUUCAUCGUUGGACGACAGAGAUAGUGGGAUACUUGAUACUUCUUUUUGUGUAGAAAAUUAAAUUUCAGAAUAUAGACGUACAGAUUAACUGUAAUGCAAGAGGUAGAUCACCGAAUGAAAGACAACAUAAAAUAUUUGACUGACGCUACGCAUUUACAUAAAUAUCUGCUUGAAACUUAAGCUUAAAUAGUGAAUGUAUUGUAAAUGUGUUCAAUUAACAAAAGUAUACCAAUUGAGUAAUGAAUACUUUCCCUGUUUCCAUUCUCAAUUUUAUGAUAUAAAGUUAUCGGAUUUUA